GACCCAGGCCGGCAGGCAACUGCCCUUGUUAAUUACCGGAGAAGCCAACCCCGGAGCUGCGCCUGGGAUUUGUCGGCCCGCGGCGGCUCCAGCCUCCAGUUCUCCCCCUUGUGUCUCGCUGCCACCCAGGUGCCCCGCCUGCCCCCUCUGCAGGAUGGACCUGAUGGACGGCUGCCAGUUCUCGCCUUCUGAGUAUUUCUACGACGGCUCCUGCAUCCCGUCCCCGGAGGGUGAGUUUGGGGACGAGUUCGAGCCUCGAGUGGCUGCCUUUGGGGUACACAAAGCAGAGCUGCCAGGCUCGGACGAGGACGAGCACGUGCGGGCGCCCACGGGCCACCACCAGGCUGGCCACUGCCUCAUGUGGGCCUGCAAAGCUUGCAAGAGGAAGUCCACCACCAUGGAUCGGCGGAAGGCGGCCACCAUGCGCGAGCGCAGACGUCUGAAGAAGGUUAACCAGGCUUUCGAGACGCUCAAGAGGUGCACCACCACCAACCCCAACCAGAGGCUGCCCAAGGUGGAGAUCCUCAGGAAUGCCAUCCGCUACAUCGAGAGCCUUCAGGAGCUGCUGAGAGAGCAGGUGGAGAACUACUACAGCCUUCCAGGGCAGAGCUGCUCGGAGCCCACCAGCCCCACGUCCAACUGCUCCGACGGCAUGCCUGAAUGCAACAGCCCUGUCUGGUCCAGGAAGAGCAGCAGUUUUGACAGUGUCUACUGUCCUGAUGUAUCAAAUGUCUAUGCCACAGAUAAAAGCUCCUUAUCCAGCUUGGAUUGCUUAUCCAGCAUAGUGGAUCGGAUCACCUCCUCAGAGCAACCCGGCUUGCCUCUCCAGGACCCGGCUUCUCUCUCCCCAGUCGCCAGCACCGAUUCCCAGCCUGCAACGCCAGGGGCGUCUAGUUCCCGGCUUGUCUAUCAUGUGCUAUGAACUAGAUGUCUAGUCCAGAUCAGUUCUUCCAGGCCUGUUACACAGGGGCAAGGAGGCCCAAAAAUCCAAAAUCAAGACAACCUGUAUAUAAAGAUUCCUUUCCAGCUGUAAAUUUGUAAAUAUUAUCUUGCCUCUUUAUAAGAAAGUGUAUUUAACUAAAAAGCCACUAUUGCAAGUAAUACUUCUUUGCUGUAGAUGCAUAAUUCCAAUAAUAUUGUUUCUGAUAGCAGGCCAUUUAUUGAAGGUAGCUUGUUGCAAUGCUUAACUUACAUAUAAUAUAUAUAUAUAUAAAUAUUGUAAUCAAAAUAUUAUGCCUGAUGUUUAGAUCUUAUUUUUUCUUAAACAUUAGAACACCUGGAAGUCAGUUACAAGGAAUUUAAAUAUAUUUAACUUCUGCCUUUCUCUUUAAUCUUUGGUUAUAUUGUAUUAAAUAAAAAAUAUAGCAAUACUGCCUAAUGUUAUAUAUUUUAAUCAUUUUCUUAUAAGAAAUGCAUUUUUAAAUGUAAGCACUGAACAGUACUUUGUGGAUAAUUUCAAGAUAUGAAAAAUUUUGGAAAUUCCACCAUAAAUAAAACUGUUUACUACAAGA